CCGGCAGCGCAGCUCAGCCCGGGCCUUCUAGAAACAAACACGCGGCUAUAAAAGCAUGGAGCUCCGGACCGCAGCACAUACCGACACACAACUCAACCGACCAGCAACACUGCCUGAGCCUGAACCUGAGGAGAACCUGCUCUCAGAACCUGAACCUGAGGAGAACCUGCUCUCAGAGCCUGAGAACCUGCUCUCAGAACCUGAGCCUGAGGAGAACCUGCUCUCAGAACCUGAGCCUGAGGAGAACCUGCUCUCAGAACCUGAACCUGAGGAGAACCUGCUCUCAGAACCUGAAGAGACCUUCAGCAGAUCUGUGACCUAAUAUAAUAUCCAACAUGUCUAAGGGAGUAUCCAUUGGAAUUGACCUUGGAACUACCUACUCCUGUGUGGGUGUUUUCCAGCAUGGCAAAGUUGAAAUCAUUGCCAACGAUCAAGGAAACAGGACAACUCCCAGCUAUGUGGCGUUUACAGACACUGAGAGGCUCAUCGGAGAUGCUGCCAAAAACCAGGUCGCCAUGAAUCCCAACAACACCAUUUUUGAUGCAAAGCGUCUGAUUGGCAGAAGGUUUGAUGACGCUGUGGUUCAGUCAGACAUGAAACUCUGGCCCUUUAAAGUGAUCAGCGAUGGAGGCAAGCCGAAAGUGGAGGUGGAGUACAAGGGGGAGGUGAAGACCUUUUACCCUGAGGAGAUCUCGUCUAUGGUCCUUGUGAAAAUGAGGGAGAUUUCUGAAGCCUAUUUGGGCCAGAGAGUCACCAAUGCCGUAAUCACAGUCCCGGCUUACUUCAACGACUCCCAGAGGCAGGCGACCAAAGAUGCUGGAGUGAUUGCUGGACUGAAUGUGCUGAGAAUCAUCAAUGAGCCCACAGCAGCCGCCAUUGCCUACGGUCUGGACAAGGGCAAGAGAGGCGAGAGGAAUGUCCUGAUCUUUGACUUGGGAGGAGGCACCUUUGAUGUUUCUAUCCUGACCAUCGAGGAUGGCAUCUUUGAGGUGAAAGCCACAGCUGGAGACACUCACUUGGGUGGGGAAGACUUUGACAAUCGCAUGGUCCAACACUUUGUGGAGGAGUUCAAGAGGAAGCACAAGAAAGACAUCACUCAGAACAAGAGGGCCGUCCGGAGGUUGAGGACAGCCUGCGAGAGAGCCAAGAGAACCCUGUCGUCGAGCACUCAGGCAAGCAUUGAGAUCGACUCUUUGUUCGACGGCAUUGAUUUCUACACCUCCAUCACCAGAGCUCGCUUUGAGGAGCUUAACUCUGAGCUUUUUAGAGGCACCCUUGAACCGGUGGAGAAGGCUUUGAGAGACGCCAAAAUGGAUAAGUCCCAGAUUCACGAUAUUGUGUUGGUUGGUGGCUCCACAAGAAUCCCCAAGAUCCAGAAACUUCUGCAAGAAUUCUUUAAUGGCAGGGACCUCAACAAGAGCAUCAAUCCAGACGAAGCAGUGGCUUACGGCGCGGCAGUGCAGGCCGCCAUUCUCAUGGGCGACACGUCGGAAAACGUCCAGGACUUGCUCCUGCUGGAUGUGGCACCGCUGUCACUGGGUAUUGAGACCGCCGGAGGAGUUAUGACCGCCCUCAUCAAGCGCAACACCACCAUCCCAAACAAACAGACACAGAUUUUCUCCACUUACUCCGACAACCAGCCAGGAGUGCUGAUCCAAGUCUACGAAGGGGAGCGAGCCAUGACCAAAGACAACAACCUCCUCGGCAAGUUUGAACUCACAGGUAUUCCCCCUGCACCACGGGGUGUACCUCAGAUCGAGGUCACCUUCGAUAUCGACGCCAACGGCAUCCUGAACGUUUCUGCCAUAGACAAGAGCACCGGCAAGGAGAACAAGAUCACCAUCACCAACGACAAGGGUCGUUUAAGCAAAGAAGAGAUCGAGAGAAUGGUACAAGAGGCGGACAAGUACCGAGCCGAGGACGAGAUUCAGCGCGAGAAGGUCGCCGCCAAAAAUAACCUGGAAUCCUACGCCUUCAACGUGAAGAACAGCGUCGAGGAAGAAAAGCUGAAAGGGAAGAUUAGUGAAGAUGACAAAAAGAAGGUUAUUGACAAGUGUAAGGAGGUUAUCACCUGGCUGGAGAACAACCAGCUGGCUGAGAAGGAAGAGUACGAGCAUUACCAGAAGGAACUGGAAAGUGUGUGCAAUCCCAUCAUCUCUAAACUGUACCAGGGAGGAAUGCCCCCUAGUGGCAGCUGUGGAGCUCAGGCAGAGCCCAGCAGCUCUCAGGGCCCCACUAUUGAGGAAAUCGACUGAAGCUGAUGGAAAUUGACGGAACUGGAACGAUGGAUGAAUUGCAUAAAAGGUUCUCGUGCCAAACUGAAUUAUAUAGUCUAUUUUGUCUAUGAAGUGCACACUUGACUUAGGUUUUUAAAUGUAAGAAUAUUUAAAUGCUUAUUUAUGUGUUGUUUGCUUAUUUGUAUACAAGUCUUAUAAAAGUAAGUCUUAAUAAUAUAUAUUUUUGUAUUUGUUUGCUAUCCUGAGCUUUAUAAUUCCAAUAAAAUAAUUAUGAAUAUA